AUGUGGGCGCUCGGAGCGACACCGGCUGAGAUCCAGGAUAUGUGGGACUACAAUGCGCGCUAUCAAGACUCCAUGAAUGGCGGAGACUCCUCCGCAAACUCGUCAGACCUUCAUGAAAUCAACGUGAAGGGAAUGGAGGCGGUCGUCAAAGAGUAUCUUCUUCAAGGCGAGGAGCGGGCCAAUGAUAUCCUGGGUCGCAUGUUUGCCGCAUUCUUCCCUUCAGAUCUAGUUCACCCCAUCAUCCAUCUGGGCUGCGGAAUCGAGUUCCAGCAAUCGAGUCUGGUCGCCGAAGCACUGGCCGGCGCCUGCGUUCACGAGAACUGGCCCAAGACGUUUCUCCUCCAAACCGAAGAAUACGUCCUGGAAAGUCUGCGCGAGAACCCUGACAUCGCCGCCGGCACGAAGGAGACCGACCCGUUCAACAAAAUCCCCGAUGGGUUCCUGAAGCGCGUCACCCCGGCGCAGCUCGUACCCUACCUCGCCCGCUUCCAGGUCAAGCCGGAGCCAGCGGACCUGCGGCGGAAGAUGUCCGACAUAAUGCAUACCACCGCGUACAUGAUCGCGGCCGCCCAGCGGCCCGGCAAACACGCCGCCAUGGACUUUGUCACGUUGCACGCUGUCACGCUGGCGGUAUUUUUCCCCGCCAUCCUCGCCCAGUCCUGGCUCUCCGACGCCGAGAAGGCGCGCCUGCUCGAGGCCACGGUGCGCGUGGAUACAGUAAUGUACGCUGGCACCGGGUGUCCCCCACUGUAUGCGGAUCGAGUGGUGAACUAUGUGCCGCGACACUCAACCGAUGGGUGGCCGGAGUUAUUCCAUCGGGCAAAUGUCUAUCGUGACGAGGGUCACGCAGUCAAACUCCUCCGCUCUAUGUACGCGCUCGAGCAGCUGGACCUGGCACCAGAUUUCCCGAUCGCCAAGCAUGAUUUCUUCCAGAUCGCACAUAUGAGCAUGGACUCAAUCGAGCGAGCGGUGGACCAAGCCGAGGGGAAUCACGUAUCAGAGGAGGUGGCCGCUGGGGUGGUCAAAUGGGUGGGGCAGGGAGGGGACAUGGUCGUUGCGAAUAUGACGCGAUAG